ACAGGGGUGUAUUUGUAAACUUUUCAAGUUUCAUUCAUGAGAGGGAUAAUACAAAAGUGUAUAUUAUCUAGGUAUCAAAGUGUAUAUCUGCUAGUGGUGAUUCACCGACACACAUUCCAGUAGAGUGGUCAGUAAUGUAGCUGUGUGGACUCGCAUAGAAAGAGCAUGGUAUUGACGAGUCUCUCGUUCUGAGUGACCAUGUCACUCAUUAUAUUGAGUCACUGAGAGCUUUCGAGUCAAUCAGGUUUCAGAUGAAUACAACUCAUACCUAAUAUGGAAAGAAAAUCUGGAGACCUUGGCAGUAAGGAAUGUAUUCGUCGUUCUUCAAUGAUAACAACACGGUGAUAAUUUUACAGGGCAUAUAUCAAUUGAUCUGGGUUCCUUUUUGAUGGACCAAAUCUGUUUGCCCUGGUUCGUAACAGGGACGAGAUAUGGUCUACAACAUUGAUGAGCCAUGAAGGAUACAAUGAUUAUAAGUAUUUGUCUGGCCGUGCUGUGCUCCAUGCCCAUCUGUACAGGGACUUUUUACACUGUGUACAAUGUGAGUAGUGAUAAUCAGCCUCUUACACAGAUAACUAUAGAUACACAAAAUGGACAUUUGUAUGUGGGAGGCAAAAAUAUUAUUUCACAUUUAAACCCAGAUUUAAAUGUGGUACAGGAACAUGUCAUCGGACCAGUGCUGGACAAUGUGAACUGUCCCCCAUCACCUUUGACCUGCAGUGAAAGUAGGAAAAUGUCACCCAAUCAUGUCCGUGUCUUGGAAAUUAACGAUCAGAAAGAUUUCAUACUGAUGUGUGGUUCAGCCAAUCAGGGUCUGUGUUCUUGUCUCUUCCUCAAAGAUAUUUCGUCCAAUCAUACUCUGGCUUCCACAGAUAGUGUUAACUUUAUCGGAACUACGUCUCCUUCAACAGUUUCGGUUGUUUUUGGAUCUCCUAAUCGGAUUUCACUUAGUACAGAAAAAGUUCUUUAUGUCGCCAUGGGACUGGACAACAGAGACGUUCAAUUCCGUCCAAAAAUUAUGUCAACACGAGAAUUUCACGAUGCUGAUUCAUCCUGGAGCUUGCUUUAUUAUGUACAACAGUCAACGCAUGGUACCUACUUAACAGCCGACGAUUCUGUCCAGGAUUUAUUCCAGUCGUACUACAUCUACUCAUUUGAAUACAGAGAUUAUAUAUAUCAUAUCUCCGUACAAAUGAGAGACCCGUUUGGUAAUCGGACAGAAAAUAACGUUUUUGUAUCCAAAAUAAUACAAAUAUGUAAAGAUGACGUGGCGUACGCCUCGUACACAGAACUCCCUCUUCAGUGUGAACAUAACGGGAAAAUAUACGAGAUUGCAACUGAUGCUUUCCUUGCAGAAGCACCAAGACUACCCCCAGUAUGGGACAAGAAGUUAUUUGUUACCUUUGGUGUGAACAGACAGCUCAAUCCAAACCCAGAAGAAAACGAAGGAUCCGUCAUGUGCUUUUUUGAUUUUGACGAAAUAGUGGGAAAUCUUUCAGUUCUCCAAAAAGAUUGUUUUAAUGGAAACGCCAUACAACCAGCUUGGGUAUACGGUCGAAAAUUGGUCAGCCCAAAGAUGUGUGCGCCCAGUAGCCCUGACAGGGAUAAAGACUUUUGUGGUAGUUUCAGUAAUAUUGGUAUUCAAAACCAUCGACCAGAACACCGUGUACGGAGUAUGGCUUCUACUUAUAUACGGAACAAUGUAUUAAGGUCUGUUGUCGUGGUGACCCAGGGCGAGGAUACAGUGGCUGUGAUGGGAACGUAUGAUGGACAUCUUCUUAAAACUAAGGUUGAUGAGGAUCACAGGCUUAUAGAGCCCUAUAUGAACUUUGACCUGACAGGGAACAAAGAUGUUCCUAUACAACAGGACAUGCAGGUCGAUACUGGCGAGAACCAUGUGUACGUCUUAGCUGGCAUACAGGUUGUCAAGUUCCCCCUUCGGACCUGUGAAGUGUAUAGCACAUGUGAAACAUGUGUUACGGCAGAUGACCCCCUCGUAUGUGGAUGGUGUGUGGACCGAUGUACAAAGAAAACAGAGUGUAUCAAUCCGAUACAGUCCCUUGGUACCCUGACAACAUGGAGUCUAGACACCUGCUCUCCUGUCAUAUAUUCUAUAUCUCCGGAAACUGGUCCGUUGCAGGGGAAAACAAACAUCACCAUCCACGGAAACAACUUUGGCUCUACCAUUGCCCAGGAGUGGCAGGCUCGUGUGGGCAAUAUGGACUGUCCUGUCAGCUACAGAAAUUUCACCAGUUUAGUUUGCAUCGCCCCAUCAGUGACAGAGGCCAACACACUACCGGUGUCUGUGAAGAUUUCUGAUGAUACCAAAACAGGAAUUAAGUAUAAGAUAAUGGGGACAUAUUCUCUACAGACAACCCCCUUCAGUUAUAAGAUGCCAAUGGUGGCAAACUUUACUCCCAGCUUUGGACCAAUGUCUGGCGGAACCACUGUGGUAAUAAAGGGACGUGACAUGGAUAUCGGAGAUAACCGUUCUGUGAAGAUAGUAAACGUCCCAUGUACCAUAAAAACCUACAACGCUACCGUGAUUAUCUGUGAGACGACAGCCUUGACCCUCGGCGGGGAUGCACAGGAAAUGAGCGGCCCGGUGGUGGUGAAUGUAGAUGAGACCGAUUUCCCCAUCUACACAGACUUCACCUAUAUGACUGACUCGUCUAUCUCUAGUGUGUCUCCACCUCGAUCCAUCGCCAGUGGCGGUAUUAACCUGACCGUGACUGGGACAAAUUUACACAUUGUAGCCGAUCCUCAGAUAGGAGUCACGAUUGUGAAGACCCAGAGGACUCCUCCAACUCAGAAAUGUAAAGCUGCUGCUAAUGGUCGCACUAUGUACUGCCCUUCGGUCAACAUCACCGGAUAUGUGGAUGGACAACUUCCUAUUCGGUCCGAAGAAUAUCACAUUUGGUUCAAAAUGGACGGCAUCAAGGAGGUUGGUAAGAAGAACGUUGUAGACCAGGCAUGGGCGAUAUUUCGAUACUAUCCAGAUCCGAACUUUUACAAGUUCAGUGGCAGUGGACACUUACGGUAUAUGGACAUUACAGAGACAACUUUGGACAUUAAGGGAGAACAUCUAAACCUGGGGAUAUCUAUUGAGGACAUGUCCGUCAGGGUAGGAACUGAAAGACUGUGUAACAUCACCAAGCUCAAGGACACCGUCAUGUACUGUACCCUACACAACAAGCCUACAAAGGCGUCACCACUUAAGCAUCGUGUCACUGUAACAGCAGGCGGGGUAAAGAAAGAAAUAGGAUUCCUGGUAUUCACAUUGACCGAAGACGCAGCCCCAACUACGACCAUCAUCCUCGUAGCAGCACUUGUCAUUGUCAUCAUUCUUAUCAUCAUGCUAGUAUUGAUUUUGAAGACAAAGCAUAUUUAUCCAUUUAAAAAACCAUUAGAUCCGUAUAUGGCACAGUAUCAGUCUGUCCGCAUUGAUGCUAACGGCCAGAGAGUAACAGAUAUUCAGAACAGGGCCAAUGAUUAUGCAGAACAGCGGAUGUCCGAGGGUGGAGCAGCAGCCUCCCUUCUAUCUGGUAUCGAUGAUGACACACUGUUGGUUCUCCGAGAUAAAAACCUUCUGAUAGAACGAGAGUGGCUCACACUGGGUGAAAUCCUAGGGAGAGGUCACUUUGGUUGUGUACACAUGGGCUACCUAACCUUUCCGGACACCAAAGGGGAUUUGCUGGUCGCCGUUAAGACAUUACACAAUGACAGCCCAAGAGAAAUAGACAUCCAGAGUUUUCUUGAAGAGGCCAUGCGUAUGAAAGAUUUCCACCAUGGGAAUGUCCUGACCCUGACCGGGAUCUGCUUUGGAAUGGAUGACAUGCCCUUGGUGGUACUACCGUAUAUGAGUCAUGGUGACCUUUUAUCUUACAUACGUAAUGCCCAGAAUAAUCCUACAAUCAAAGACCUGAUAGUUUAUGGAAUAGACAUAGCCCAGGGUAUGGACUACCUCUCUGGACUCAAGUUUGUACACAGAGAUCUGGCCGCCAGAAACUGUAUGUUAGAUGAGAACUUCAAAGCCCUGGUAGCUGACUUCGGUCUGUCCAGAGAUAUCUAUGAACGUGACUACUACAGCAGUGACAAUAAGAAGAGUAAACUACCAGUCAAGUGGAUGGCCCCGGAGAGUCUUGAAAAAGGAAACUACAACUCAAAAUCGGACGUGUGGUCCUAUGGUGUGUGUCUGUGGGAACUCAUGACAAGGGGAGUUAACCCAUACCCAGAGGUCGAUAACUGGGAUGUAUUGAGAUACAUCAAGGCGGGUCGAAGGAUGCCACAGCCCCCUUUCUGCCCUGAUACUCUAUACAAAAUCAUGAGAAGGUGUUGGAUGUUUAAUCCAAACGAUCGUCCCACCUUCUCUGAACUAGCUCACGAGGUACGCGAGAUGAUUACUGUUCUCCAGCAGCAGAUGAAACAGGGACAGCAGCGAAGUAAUAUACAGUGUACUUACGUCAAUGUAGAAACUGCCACCGACUAUCACUAUGGGGACGCCAGCCAGUCGGCCAUCAUGACACCAGAUGCCACAGAGCAACAUUUUAAUCCUACAGAUCCUAGCACAACGAUUGUGUAGUCCUAAAGCUCAAAAGACAUUUAGUAUGCGAUUCUAGUUUUAUACGUGUUUUCCGUUGUGACAUUAAAAAAUCCUUGACUGGAAAUUUCAGAAAGCACUUGUUAGAAUGACUGCCUUUCUGGUGUUAAGUGAAAUACAUGUUUCAAUCUAUCUACUAUGUGUCGUACUAUGUGUAUUGCUGUGUGGUGUUUGAAAGUUGUGGACAAUUUUUGACCAAUUUUAGUUUUUUAUAUGAUCUUAAUAGCAGAUUAAAACAGGAAUGUUUUAGUAAUAUACAUAUUUCUACUUUGAUGGAAAUGCAGGAAAUUUUUUAAUCAAACUCAGCCAGGCAACAUUUGGGUCAAAAUAACGUCAUCUUACGUAGGGGAGUUAUAACUUUAAACAUAUUUCAUUGUCUUUAAGAGACAGGGCGAUCGGGUAGAGUAUAGUACAGCUUAUCAAACGCCCAUAUAAUCUGAUGACAGUGGAACAUUAAAGUCUUUCCACUGAUGUGGCGGAGUGUAAUGAAUCUGAGUAAGUGCCUUUGAAGGUCCAUCAUUGGUCUUAAAAGCAAAACUUGUUGUGGAACGUUUUCGAUAGCUAAAAUUAAGAUUUUUCAUGGAUCAGCUUGUUUUCCUUUCAGAACGUUUUAUUUCACUAAUUUAGACAAAGUAUGAAUUAACAAAGUUGUGGACUGCUCUUCAGAAACAGUAAAUAUUUAAGGUGUAAAAUUUAUUUGGAAUUACAAUGUAUAUAGAUUAAUUGAUGUACGUAUUAUGUUUUAUUUACUUGUUAUAAUUUUUGUUAGUCAGAUCAAAUGCAUGCAUGUUAGUUAAAUUGUCUUGAGUUGAUAGAUAUUGUGUAGCAUUCAAGGUAAACAGGAUAGUAAUAUGGACAUGGUUUUGUAAUGGAGGUCAUGAUGGUUGUAGACGUCUUUGUUGUGUGAUGGUUUACUGCCAACCAAAAGAGAUUCUGUGAAAAUACUGAAAUAAGAUGUUUUACACUUUCUAUUUGUAGCUACAUGUUUGAUGUUUAGUAAUUUGAAUUUAUUUUAUCAUAAAAGUUUUAAAAAAACCUGUUCAUGUGAUUAUUGGUGAACGGCUUUCUUAAAAUCAGCUUAGAAAGAUUGAGUUCUGCUGAAAAGUACAUUCAAUGUACAUAAAUAUUCAGAAUUUAACUUACAAAGAGCUUACAAACCUGACACACACAAUAACUGUCAAAUAGUCAUUCAGCAAACUGCAAUAUCAAGAUCACCGAGUUGCUACUUUCAAUUUCGAGCACAUUAUUAUUAUCAUUAUUAUUAUAUUUUUUUUUAUGAAAUUGAGAUAUUCUUGGAUUCCAGUGGUAGAUAUGAAUGUGACAACUUUUGUGUGUAUAUAUCAUUUCAAAAAAAAAAAAAAAAAAAAACCCGG